AUGAAAUCCUCAGCCAAGGAAUGGGUUGAGUGCUGCCCAACAUGUCAAGCCAACCGUUGCCCUCAUGCACUGGUCAUCACUCUCAAGCCACUGGAAGUCCCACCAUACCCAUUCCAUACAAUCUCCUAUGACUUUAUCACAGGAUUCCCAAAGUCACAAGGUUAUGAUGCAAUCUUGGUGGUAAUAGACUCCUUCUCAAAAUUUGGCCACUUCAUCCCCACCUUGAAAAAGGUGACAGCCAAAGGACUGGCAGACUUGUUCAUUACCCACAUUUGGAAACUGCACAGACUACCAAUCAGAACCGUCUCAGACAGAGGAACCACGUUCACGGGAAAAUUCCUCAGGGCCCUCUACCAAAGACUGGGAGUCAAACCAUUGUUCUCUUCAGCUUACCACCCCAAAUCAGAUGGCCAGACAGAACGGGUAAACCAGUUUAUUGAAUUCUACCUCCAAUCCUAUGUAGCUGCAGACCAUUCAGAUUGGGCCACAUGGUUACCCUUGGCAGAAUACGCUUACAACAAUGCCAAGCACGCGUUGACAGGAAGAACACCCUUUGAAUUGGUCUAUGGGAGAAAUCCGGUGAUGAACCCCUCCAACGUACCAUCCAAUGUCCCAGAGGCAGAUCAAUUAAUAGACAAUCUAGCCAACAAAUGGAAAGAAGCGGAAGCCGCCCUCAGGAUGAGUAAGGAGAGAAUGGUCAGGGACAAAGGAACUAUACUGGAAUAUUCAAUUGGCAAGAAAGUCUGGCUGGACGGAAAGAAUGUAGAACUAAGGACCAACUCCAAUAAGCUAGACCCCAAAAGAUUGGGCCCCUUUGAGAUCUUGGAGAAAAUUUCCAGUCAUGCAUACCGCCUGAAAUUACCCAAGACCCUGAAAAUCCACAACGUAUUCUAUGUGGGACUCCUGUCCAAGGUUCACAAAUCUCCUAGCCAACCGUUUCUGGAACAACCUCCCCCUGAGACAAUAGAGGGAGAAGAGGAAUACAAGGUGGAACAGAUUAUUGACUCCAAGAGGCAACAAGGAAAAUGGUUCUACCUAAUCAAAUGGAAGGGCUAUGGGCCUGAAGACAACUCAUGGGAACCCAAGGAGCUUCUAGAACACAGUCAGGAAGAAAUCAGCUGCUUUAAUAAGUCAGGACUGAAAAAGGCUUGUGACUCCACCAAGAGCCUUUAA